AGAGAGAGAGAGAGAGGAAAGAGGAAGAGGAAAGGAAGAUAGGACGCGACGAGGAGAAUCACGGCGCGGUGUUGUGGUGGUCUUUCGGUUUCCGGAGUCCUCCGUGGGUGUUUUUACGCGUGCGACCGUGGAUCGAUAGUUUGUCCCGCGAGCUCGUGCCGGACGGGACGUAGAGUUACGACAGCUAGUUACGACACUACGGGAUCCCCUUCGACGACAACGACGACACCCCCGAGCUGCGGCCCGUGGGAAACGAGAAGUAGAGGAAAUUUCCGAAGGGGCCUAGCUUCCGCGGGUGCCGAUUACCGCGACGCGUAAUCGUCAACGUCGGGGAAAGUAGGUGCUCGAACGCGAUCGAAAGCGAGGUGAUUUAUGGGGGAUUACAGCAGCGCAACGAGCCUCUUCUCGAAUACCCUGACCAGCCAGAAACCUAGCGCGACCACAAGCAACAGCAGUAACGUCAGCGUCAAUAUAACGACAUCCACGAUGCAGGACGAUCUGCUGAUUGAGAAACAAACCACCGGGAAGCCCGCGCCGCUCUCGCCGAGCGGCGCCCUCGACACCGUGGCCGGACAGGACAAGUCCAAGGACGUGAUCGAGGCGGAGGGGAUCGCUAUCACUCCGACAACCCCCUCGGCAACGGAGAAGGACAUCACGUGCAGCACGACCUCGUUGCAGGGCUUCGCUGAUCCCGGUGGCCGCGUGCCCAGCCUCUGGUCCGCGCCGGACGACGGCGGCCUGCAUACCGCCUUACCGGUCAACGGCUCGAUCGCCGCCUUUCAAAAUUUCCCGACCGGCGGGCCCGGGGGCCUGUUCGCCAGCACCGGCGCCGCCGCCGCCGCCGCAGCAGCCGCCGCCGCGGUUUCGACUGGCACGCGACGCGCUAUCACGGCUAGUCACAAUUUUCCGCAGCAGCAGCAACAGCAACAGCAGCAGCACGGUAACGCGGCGGGGGCGUCCACCGGCACCAGGCAUAGCGGUCUGCAGGUGUCGUCCGCGCAACAACAGCAGCAGCAACAACAACAACAGCAACAGCAGCAGCAGCAGCAGCAUCAACAGCAGCAGCAACAGCCCCCGCCGACGUCGCAUCCCAGCGUCUACCUGCCCGGCAAGGGAUACGCCGCGUGGUCGGGCGGACCGCAGGCCGCUCCGCAGCAAUGGGGCGCGGGCCCGCAAGCUGCCGCGGUCGCCAGUCCUGGCCUGUCUCCUUGGAACCGUGGCAGAUCUGUGCCCAACCUACCGCCGCUGCACUCAUCCUUGCACGCCGCCGCGGCGGUCGCGGCCGCGGCCGGUCUGCAGGGUCGCAAGCCGAGUCCGACGUUCCCGGGGCAUCCGGGCCCAGCAGCGGCGGCGGCGGCGGCGCAUCCCUCCUGCAUCAGCCCGGUCAAAUUCCGUCGGAGCACCUCGUAUCCCGGCAAGGGCAACAUAUACCCGCCCCAGCCAGCGCCGACCUUCGAGGUGACCGCUGCCGAGGAGAGGGACCUGCUGCAGCUGCCGCCGUUCCAGCAGGAUCGUAUGACGGCUAAUGGAAACUCGCCGUUGGACAACAUGAGGACUUUGGAACACUAUCUGAGCGACAUUAUGCGAGCCGGUGCGACGGACACCCCGGAACAUCUGAAAGGAUUCAUAAACUGCAACGCCGCCAACACACUGCAGUCGCUCGCGCAGCUACAUGGUAAAUCUCCGUUCUUCCCGAGUCUUGAAGAGCAAGGUAAUACCCUGCUGGAGGAUCCGAAUGCGCCGAGCCUGGAUGGUGUCGGCGUUGGCGUCGGAGUAGGCGUCGGCGUCGGCGUAGGCGGUGGGAUAACGGCGUCGCAAGCCGCACCGCUCUCGUCGCCGAGUCGGAGCAGUCCACACAGCCAGGGCAGUGAAACUGGCGAGCGUUUCUCCAGGAAAGUCUUCGUCGGCGGACUGCCGCCUGACAUCGACGAAGACGAGAUCACAGCCAGUUUCCGCCGCUUUGGCCCGCUCGUCGUGGACUGGCCGCACAAGGCAGAAAGCAAAUCCUACUUCCCGCCGAAAGGCUACGCGUUUCUGCUGUUUCAGGACGAGGGCUCGGUACAGCAGCUGAUAGACGCCUGCAUUCAGGACGAGGACAAGCUCUACCUUUGCGUAAGCUCGCCUACGAUCAAGGACAAGCCUGUGCAAAUCCGACCUUGGCGGCUUAGCGACGCCGAUUUCGUGCUGGACGCCUCUAUGCCGCUCGAUCCGCGAAAGACGGUCUUCGUCGGCGGAGUGCCGCGGCCGCUCAAGGCCGUCGAGCUUGCGAUGAUCAUGGACCGGCUUUAUGGUGGUGUUUGUUACGCCGGCAUCGACACUGAUCCAGAGCUCAAGUAUCCCAAAGGUGCCGGCAGAGUCGCCUUCAGUAAUCAGCAAAGCUACAUAGCUGCCAUCUCAGCCAGAUUCGUACAGCUACAGCACGGCGAUAUUGACAAGAGGGUUGAAGUUAAACCCUACGUUUUGGACGAUCAAAUGUGUGAUGAAUGUCAAGGCCAGCGUUGCGGAGGCAAGUUUGCGCCGUUCUUCUGCGCUAACGUCACCUGCCUACAGUACUACUGCGAGCAUUGCUGGGCAACUAUCCACUCCCGGCCAGGUCGGGAGUUCCACAAGCCGCUGGUGAAGGAGGGCGCAGAUCGGCCUCGGGCCGUGCCUUUCCGCUGGUGUUAACCCCAGCUGCGUUGUCCCUAAUUAUCUCGCAGCCCUAGCUAAUUAACUACCACCUCUACCAAUAUCCCCCCACCCUCCCCUCACGUGCCCUCCAACCCUCACUUCCCUCUAUCCCCAUAUUACUUACUUACUUACCUACAACAAGAACACAGCCUCAAAACUGCUAUUACUACUACUACCACCACCACUCGAUCGUUACGUACUACCACUACUCUACUCUACUACCACUAUUAUUACUAUUACUACUACUACUACUACUACUACUACUACUACUACUACUACCACAACUACUAUUCUACUACAAAUUAUUACUACUACUACUACUACUUCACUGCUACUACUUCAAGUUGUACCGGUUUUACUGGAGGAAGAAACCAGCCCCUGUUGCCCGCCAGUCGAUGCAGGCUCUCGGCGUAGCUCCGAUCUUCGACCUCACAUCCGUAACAACUUGCUAACGGCCGCCGAUAUCAUCGUCGGGCCAAACUGUUGCCGAUCUAGAUGACUUUGUUGAACCGGAAACGGAUCUCGCGCCUGACGAAGGCGCCGGAAGGCAGUAAAGAACAGAGAAGAUGAUCGGAUUCACGCCGAGUCGAUGUCGAACCGGAAAAAGGAAACGAAGAAAAACACAUGCCAGAGACACAGGAUUCAGAAGAGAAACGGACACGGAUUCUCAGUAUAUCGAUUACUCGUACACAUAUAAUCCUAUCUGUCUGCGCUGUAAAAUGCACCGGUUCUGUCCGAAAGAGCGAGUACCAUUAAUUACCGCGAUUGCCGAGGAGCGAGUAAGCGAGGGUGAGGCUACUGCCGUCGUUGCCGCCACCCUCGCGUACGCACUCCGCGCCCGAUUGCCGGCACCGAUUCUUCUCAAGUGUUUGCCGAAAUCGCCGCCAGCGCGAUACGGAUCGCCGCCUUGCGCUUGCGUCUCGAUCCGUCGCGGAUCGCCCCUUCCGUGUUCGACUACCGCGUGUCGAGAAGAAGUUCAUUUCCGUGUCGUCAACCCCUGUCGAGCAGAAUUUUGAAUUUUGCGAAGCGCGACCCGGGUGGACGUGGGCGAAGCGACUUCUCGACGAACGGGGCUCGUGUUUUCGUUCUGCCGUCUAAACGACAGCACGAACGAAAGUUCGCGUCCCGAGCGAAGUGGUGAUUUCCACGCGACGAAUGUUCGUAAGAAAUGCGAGUACCUGAUCCGACGCGAGAGUAUGUUGCCAGAGCGAGUGAAUGGGAUUGGAAGGGAGUGCUAGAAAAAGAGAAACGGAAUAAACGGGCAGGUGAUAGUGGAAGCAAACGAGUUCGGAAAAGACGCGUAGGUAAUGAGGGUCGAUAGAAAACCUGAAAGUGAUAGGGAAGAAGAUGGAGAUGAGGUAUAAAGUGACGAAUUGUUCGCAUUGGAUGUUAAUCAAUAAUGAAAAAAGCCACGCUUCAAUCCGCUGUGUAGGUAAUUCUCUGUAUCACAAACACAGAACACACACAUACACACACAUACACACACACGGUUUCCUAGUUACUAAGGACUUAUUAAAAAUACGUUACAUAGGUGCGCUGCGUAAAUGCGUUUUUCGUGCGGAUAACGCGAUCGCGCGCUCAUAGAGAGAGGCAUUUGAGAAAACGUUUUUUUUUUACUAAUAAACUUAUUCAAUAUGGGGAAACCGUGAUUUUUAUGGAGAAGAGAUGUCACACGAACGAUGAAAGGAGGGGUAAACGGAGACCGAAGUAGUUCAAUUUUUCAAGCGCAAACUGUAUACGACAUCGUGAUAGUGUGCCCCGGAUGUCCGGGGUCCGGGUCUGCCUAGCAUUCGGCCGGAUUCUCUGCCAAUUUUCUUUCUCGAAAACGCAUACCGGUGCGAGUGACACUUUCACGAGCCUUCACGCGGGGAAUGAAGGAGCCGCGACGCCGAGUCGCGCGUAUCGUCCGCCUGCGGAAGGCCGAGGAUUACCGUCACCGUCGCUUACGAAUUUUACACGCCCUGAUUUUAUUAGUACCAUGUGCAAUAUAAACGAUUGUUCUCUCCGUGUUCGACGUGCCGACGAGAACGGCGAUACGCGAGACGUAUUUUUGAAACGCGAUUUCCCUCCUUUCCGAAAGCGUUUGAUAGUAAGCUUGGAACAUCCGCACUUCAGCCCGAUACGGUUCCUCUUCUUCGCGAAACGCCAGCGACGUACCUCGCGGCGAAACGAUCUCGCGUGAAAGAUAAGAAAAAGCAGACGCGCGUGAAGAAACGGAACGCAAAGAGGAUGUCGUUUCUCGAAACCAAAGUAGCGAUAGAAACCGUGACUCGCGGAAUACCGGAGCAGCGUGUUAUACAUAUAGAAUGUUCGUAUCUAAUUACUCUCUUCAUACGUCCGAUAGAUGAUUUGUGAGAAUGUGGGCGCGUCUUGAAGGGUCACGCGUUUUGCGCGGGACACUAUUAUAUAGAUUCAUACAUUAUAUAUUAACAUAUAAAAAAUGCCGCAUGUUGUCCGCUCCUGUACAUACAUACCGAUCUCUCUCUAACCGAUUAACCGGCGUUUUAUUAAUCGCGAUCGCGAGUGUGCACGUUUUCUUAAUUCCUUCAAAACGAAACUGACUUCUUCGCUAGGUGUAUAUAAUCAAACGCAAUCGCCGUAGUUCAAAUUAAAAGAUAAAAGGAAAAAGAAGGGGGGAAAAAGAGAGCUCACUUUUUGCCGAGACGCAAGAUUUCUAUUCUUAAAAAGUUCAAUGUAGAGAGAGUUUUUGAUUCGCAGAACCUGUAAAUUUUAGAAGCAUGACGUUUCCUACCGCGCGCCUCUUUCGCCGACGAUUCUGGCAAGAUUUAAUCGAUGACUUUUUGACGCGUUUUACCGAAAACUAAAGCAAUUUCCUGUCUCUCAUUCGAGAAUAUUCUUCGAUACAUAACAUAGGAUACUUUUGAUAACUAACACACUAGUAGAGGAAGCAGGCUUAGCGCUAAUAUUGGACAUUUGUCAUCUCCCAUGACCCUUUUAUUGUGCAAAAAGGCGUGUCUCUUACAAUACUUCCGACAAUAGCCGGGUCGUUUUUUCGCAAGAUGGCCAAAGGGCCGUGCGGUUGGAAAGCGUCGUGCUCGAAAUUAGUAUGCAACGUUGUGUGUUCCGCUUCGUAGAUGGCAAAAAAAGCCCAACAUUCUAUACGUAGCAGCAGCAGCAGCAGCAGCAACAGUCGGAAGACGUAGUUUAAACCUCGCAUGAGUCUCUCUCGCGAUACUCUUCUUCUGCGCACGUAUCGGACUUUGUACAAUCCGCGAACACACACACACACACAUACACACACACACACACACACAAAGCACGCAAAACAUGGGCGAUUACGUGAUUGACGAUUCGCGAUACACGUAUUCGCGUACGGAUCUAACGAGGGAAGGGACAAAAAGAAGUAAUCCUCACACACACGUCUAUAUAUACACAUAUAUAUUUAUUUUUUUGGUACUCCUUUUUGUAUAUAUUAUAUAUAUAUAUACAUAUAUGAUAUAUCUUGUCUCGCCGCAAAGUAGAAACGAUAGGCGGCGGCGUUUAUUAGGAUACCGCACGGGAGGGAAUGCAUUAUUAUUAUUAAUAGCGGGUGUUGUGCAACGGAAGGCGCGGUAAGAGAGGCGGCCGCGUUCAACGACGACCCUCCGUCCCUUCGUCUGAGACACACCUUUCGGCCCACGAGGACACGAGGACGCGCGUAUAAACGUUCGACGCGGACGAGAGUCGCGUGUGGCGGUGAAGGGGGGGAAAAAUUAAUAAAUCCAAUAAGACAGAGGCGGGAAGGAAAAAAGACGAGUUCUCGUCGUCGACCCUCUUUGACUCGCGCGUGCCCUCGAUUAAGGUAAAUUAGAACAGAAUUUGAUCCGAAUCUAAUCGAAACGCGGGCGAAAUUUUAAAUUAAAUAUGAGACGAAUAAAAAAUGGAGAGGUAGAAAGGAUUUUGAGUCGUCUGUGCGACCAAAGAGAAGGCGGUAGGCAAACACUAGUAUACAAUUGUACACAUAUAUUAGUAGAGGAAAUUUUUUCGUUGCUAUCUCUCGCAAUAUUCUAAAUAGACACGAUCGACUUUUUUCUUACGCACUAAUUCCAGAAGCCCGGAACCGUUUCGAUCGAGAGAAAAGGAUCGAGAACACACAGGCCGGAGAACACACGUGAGUGAGAGAAAAUUAAAAGGGGAGGCGCGAGAAUGGGGAGGGAUAAGUGGAGGAAUAAUGAGCAUUAGUUAGUGCAAUUUUACAUACGAGUCACCGUUCUUGUAGAUCGAGCGAAAGAGAAAGAAAGAAAAAGCGAACGUGAGAGAAAGAGAGAGAGAAAGUGAGAGAGUGAGAGCGAGAGAAAGAAAGUGGCAUAAUUUGUGCGGCACACGCGGGCAGUAAAUAAAUUAAAACGCGGACCGCGAUCGGGCAUAUCCGUGUUAUUAUCGCGGGCAAAUUUAUAUAUAUGUAUGUAUAUGAGAAAAACGCCGGCGUGUUUUGCUCGCGCGCGCGGCCGUGCACGUGCGGAAAUCACGUGCGUACGCGUGCGAAGUGCCGGCUCAUAUAUUAGGUGAAAAUUUUUCUCAACCACACACUUCGCGAGCACGGAGCAGCACGUGCCGUCGAGCAGGCGGCCCGUGCGCGGUCACACACUCGCAUGACACGGAUAACACAUACACACGCACACGCUCCACUAAUCGAUCGAUAUAAUUGUGUAGCGAAACUUACCUAGGUACCAAUUCAUCUAAAUCAAUUGAUAACUAAAAAUAUAUAUUGAUAUAUACAUAUUAUAUAUAUAUAAAUAUAUAUUAUAUACAUAUAUAUAGAGAGAGAGUAGCGUCGUGUUCCAAUACUUGAACGAGCGAGUACUUGGACAAGGACCGAGACCGAUUUUUCUAGACAAAUUUUUCUAUAAUGUUCAAAAAACGGAUAAAAACGUGCGAAAAAAAAGAUGGGCGAGCGAGAGAAAGAAGGCAGAACGUGUCGUCCCCGCGCAGAACGUCACUUCGGAACCUGUUUCGGGAGCGCGAACGGAUACGCGAAAGUACAUUUAAUUCUGGCUAACACACAACACACAUGGACAUAGUUACCAAAGUAAAAAUCGUAAAUACGAGUAUACGAUCCUUUUUUUAUGUCGAUGCAAGUACACGAGAAAACCGUCGAGAGAUUUUUACGAGGAUACAAUUUUUCGUUUUCCAUCAACACGUCUUAUCAAACACACGUAACUUGAAACUACGGUCGUGUCUCUUUGGAUAUGGGUGUCUAGCUAAAUGUUCAAUCUCACUGUAUGUACUCGGGUCGUUUCGCGGGUUUCGAUCUCCCCAUCCCCGAUUGAUAUUCCCCCCAUCCCUCGACCCGACAUCGUGUACCUCUUUGUGCGAAACACUUAUUUUUGUGCUCUAGCGAUUUAUAUGGCGCAACGAAGGGGGAAAGAAGAGAAGCGUGUUAGGUAUAUAUUCCAUGUAGAAACGUUCAGGCACGCCUCGUCUGGAUUUUCGAAGACCGACUUUAAGAUACCUCGCCCUGGUCGACGUGAGAGCGAUAUUACAGUCGCGACGACAAUAUACCCCGAAUUUUUACAAACGUAACAAAUAAUAAUCCGACCUAAUCAUCAGCUUCCUGAAUUUCGACGGGGAAGAUAGAUAAUCAUUAUAUCUACAAUCAUCAACGGUCGGUUUCGCGUGGACUGUGCGAUUUAUCUUAUUACGUCGGUUUUCCGUGAAUCUUUUAUUCUGAGCCGUCGGCGAAUAAACUUUUCAGAAAUUGAAGGGUUUGAUACAGCGAAAGAGUAAAUCCAAUCUGCGAGAAAGCAAUCCGUGUAGCCAGUCUUCAAGCGACUCUGACAUUACCAAAAACAAUUUUACUCGAAGAGUAUAAGCGUUCUUGGGGAGAGACUUUUUAUCUCUAAUAAACUCGAGGGAUUUUGUGCGCUAAGCCCUUCAAUUUGCGUCUCUACGGCGGCCAGAUUAAGUUGGAUUGAUCCUCGUUUUGGCGAGCGCCACGUCUAAUCUCGCCCGGUACCUUCGAUCCCGUUCGUGCGCGUACAUUUGAAAGGAAAAAGAAAAAAAUCGGAGGGAGCGGAGAGAGAACCGCGAGCCCACAUUUUUGCGACGAGCGCGUGGUAUCUCGUGAGGACGAGGCAAUUCGACGCGAGAUUCCGAGGGGAUGCCUCGCGCGAUUGUCGCGAAACGUGCGUGUGAUCGCACGACGCGAACAUAUCAUCCGCGGUCCGCUGAUCGGAUCCGCUAACGAUCGGACGAAACUGGACGAAGGUUGCUGUCGCGAGACCGGGACACCCUCCAUUCUUCUAGUUGUCGCGAAGUUGCUGCACGUUGUGUAUCUUCGCAAAAUCAAUUUGCAAGUCAUCUUUGCUUGCUGUUAUCACAAAUAAACGCAUGUUUCAUGCAUGAAAGUUUUAUACGCGAUGCGCGCAUCUUGAUAACGUUUCAUAGAAACGGAUGUUUUUCGCGAGUUCGAGAAUCUGUUUUAUUCGGUAUCCGUGUUUGAAUGAAUUAUAAUAUAUAGUUACGUUUUAUACUUAAUAGAUAAUGUCACUAGCUAGUGUUCGAAGUUAUAUAUUUUUUAUUUUUUUUUUAUUAUUCGAUUAUUAAGCAAUUUCAGAGCUUUUUUAACGUCUUGUUUUUUCUUAAAAGCAUUGUAAUUCACCGUAGCACUAUUACAAUCGACUGGAAAAUUGUAGUAUAACUAGAGAACGCGAUUUGUAAAUGUAAUAAUUAAUAAGUUUUACGAUAGAUUUAUAAGAAAGCAUUUCAACGUGCUUUAUAUUUUAUUAUUUCUGAGUUUAAAAAUUAUUUGUUACCAAUACUUUGUACCAUAUCGAAUUUAUACCUUUCUUUCUGCCGCAAAUGCAACUUCAGAUUUACUGGAACUGAAAUUCUGAUCGCCGUAGAUUCUGACAAAAAUCUCCAAAUUUUGGAUCGAUCGUGGGCGGCGAGAAAAACAGACGAGUAGAAAGAAAAGAGAAAAUAAUAUAAUAAAGCCGCGAAAACGCAUGCAUAUGCACACAUACGGCACGCACACAUUCACACAUGUACAGACACAUUCACACAACACAGACACUGUCAAACGCCUCUGCAAGCGUGGCGCGCAAUUAGUGAAAUGAAAUAAUCGCAAAAAAAAACUACAUCCGCAGUAUGGAGUUAACGUUUGAGGUACGCCAGUAACAAAAAAGUAACAACAAAAUAAUAAUAAUAUGUUAGGUGUGAUUCUUCACCUCCUUUGUAAUAUGUGUGAUAAAGCAUAAUAUAUAAUAAUAUAAUGACAAUUAUAUAGAUAUAUAUUAUAUAUAUAAAAUACUAAUAUAUAAUUGAUAAUAACGAUUAAAAUAUCUAAUAUAUAUUGUGACAGACUUUGAAGGGAAAAAAAAGAGAAAAAGAAACGGCAUGUAAUUGGAAUUAGAUAAACAUUGCACGAUACGACAGUAAAAAGCGAGAGAGGAUAUAAACCGCGUGUGAAAGAGGAUUUAAAAAAAAAACAGAAAGUUACACGCGAAUUUAAUUAUCUAGUUGCAAAGAAAAGCGAUUAAGCGAAAUAUCGGUUCGCUCGGCUCAAGCGGACCUACUGUCGUUCGGGUAAUGUAACUAAAGACAAACGUAAGACGAAAGAGGGAGAGCAUGUGCGAGGGAGAGAGCGAAAGAGAAAGAAGGAAAAACAUAAUUGAUAAAAAAAAAACGUGAAAGGGAACGAGUAACAAUGGUAGUCAUUUACGAUAGAUUUGUAUUUUUCAGUGUUGAAAAGUUUUUUAUACCGCUGUUAUAUUCUUGUCUAAAUAUCUUAGUUCAGAGAAGUUGCGCGAAUGCGUGUUUGUAGGACAUUUCUGCGUAUCUGCAAGUUGCGCGAAUGCAUGUUUGUAUGCGUGUUUGUAUGUGAGCGAGGGGGUGCGUGCGAGAGAAAGGGAGAGCGAGAGAAGGUCACGAAAAGUAGGAAUAAUCUGGCGAAAGAAGUGCCGAGGAAGAUUUAUUUCCCUCGUCGUCGAUACGACGAUCGUGCGGUCGGAGGAUCGACGUAAGAGAGAGAAAGAGAGAAAGAGUGUGUGAGAGAGAAAGGGCGAGAGCGCGCGAACAGUGGAAAAUGCGUAAUUUUCCCAUCGAUACGAUAUCUAACGCGAGGACUCGUGCCAUCUAAUUUCGAAGCGAAUCAAGAGGAAAAAACGCGAUUUAACGAUUGGUAUACAAAAGAAAUUAUUUUAAAAACAGGACAAAGCUCGCACGAUUCCUCGCGUAGAAAGGCCUCCCUCGAGAUGCGUCCUCUCACGAGCUUUUCUUUGUCCGAGAGCGAAAGAGAGAGAGAGAGAGAAUCUCGAGGCGAGAGGACCGGUGGAGUAAUCAUCGUGAGAUCGAAACCUCGCGCGGGAUAAGGAGAGCGGAAGAAGGAGAAGCGAGAGAUGUGUGCGCGUUACGUUAGUAGGAUUCCUAAUGCCGCGAAUUAUCAUGCGAAAAAGAGAGCCGCAAAAUCGCGUACACCUCCUGCUCACUCUCUGAUGUACCGUUUUCCGAGUACGAUUUAAUUAAUUAAUUUUUAUUUUUUAAAUAAAGUUAUUAUUCUCUUAUA